GUUAUGUUUUUAUUAUUCCAUAAAAAAAAGUGAAUCAUAGAAAUUUUUCUACGCAAAAUAAUCGUAAUUUAGGGUGAAAAUCUCACAAUGGGCGCCCUUUUUGGGAAAUCAAAGAAACCCCCAAGUCGAAUAACUGAGCAAGAUAAGGCGGUUUUGCAAUUGAAACAACAAAGAGAUAAGCUAAAACAAUAUCAGAAAAGAAUAGAAUUAUCAUUGGAAAAAGAUCGAGAACUGGCCAAAAAGUGCCUCAAUUCAGGACGCAAAGAACGAGCAAAAUUGCUUCUCCGGAAGAAAAAGUACCAGGAGAAACUUCUGGAGAACACCGAUGCACAGCUGGAGAACUUGGAGAAACUGGCGUCUGACAUUGAAUUUGCUCAGGUUGAGAUUCAAGUGAUUGAGGGCUUGAAGACAGGCAAUGCUGCCCUGAAGAACCUCCAGCAGAUCCUCAAUAUUGAUGAAAUUGAGAAGAUCAUGGAUGAGACACGCGAGGGAGUUGAGAAGCAACAGGAACUGGAUGAAAUUCUCUCUGGGAGACUCACAGAAGAAGAUGAGGAUGCAAUUCUCGAGGAAUUGGAUAAUCUCGUGGCACUCGAUGAUGCUGAGAAGGCAAAAGAAAACAUUCCCACUGCGGAGGAGGAUGUUUCGGAGCUCUUGCCGGAUGUGCCAACGGAUACACCGGAACGCGAAAAGGCCAAAAGGAAAAAGACCGAGGAACCAAAAGUCGCUCUCACUGCCUGAUGAGAUCUUUGAAGAUGAUUUUCCUUCUAAAGCUAAAUUAAUACACCAGUUAUUUUCCUGUAAACUAAUACAAAAAAUAAGCUUUGUAAGCGAAUUUUAUGUGAA